GCAAAUUCAUGGCAUAUAUAUUAGUGGGGAGGGGGCCUGGCUCAACACCAACAUCAACCAUCUAUCAGUGGCUCAGUCACAGCGAUACUAUUACUUGAUUCGCCAAGAUGUCUCACAGUGGAGCACAAGGAAGCAUCGGCAGCCACUCUACACUAGGACUGCAGAAUUACAAGCUGAUCUGCUAUGAGUAUGAAAAUUUCCAAGGUCGCAAGGUAGAAUUCAGCUCUGAAUGCAGGAAUUUGUGUGAUCGAGGAUUUGACCACGUUAAGUCCAUUCGAGUAGAAAGUGGCCCUUGGGUUGCUUUUGAGCAGAAAGACUUUACUGGUGAGAUGUUCAUUAUGGAGAAAGGAGAAUAUCCUCGUUGGGACUCCUGGUCCAACUGCUUCCGUGCUGACAGGAUUAUGUCCCUGAGACCAGUCCGUAUGGACACUCAGGAUUACAAAAUCUCCUUGUACGAAUGUACAAACUUCGAGGGCAGGAAGAUGGAGGUCUGCGAUGAAGACAUUCCCAGCUUAUGGUCCUAUGGAUUCCAGGAUAGAGUUGCUAGUGUUCAGGUUCUUGGAGGAACAUGGGUUGGAUACCAAUAUCCUGGAUACAGAGGAUACCAAUACUUGAUGGAAUUUGGACCAUACAAGCACUGGAACAACUGGGGAGCCACCCAGCCCCAGAUUCAGUCUAUCCGCAGAGUCAAGGACAUGCAGUGGUACAAGAGAGGAAACUUUGAAGCUGGGAACUAAAAAAGACAUUAAAGACAAGACACGGAACUUUACUGGCAAAAUAAAGGGACUUGUUUCUUUUUAAUCUUAAAA